AUGAGUGCCGAUGUAUUACCACCAAGCGCAUUUUCCGUCGGGGGCUCUGAUGGGCUACUCUCAUGGAUCAUGUCCGCAUUUAGGAACAGGAGAGCAACAACCCAGAUAACAAUACCGAAGUAUGCUAAUCCCAAAGAUGGCCCCAAUGAGAUCCAGUUAUCUACAGCACUCCAAUACAGCAUGGUCGAAGGACUUCCAGCCUUCGUAGAUUUUGUUCGUAAUUUUACCUUACGGGUAUUCCAGCCCGUAUAUUCCGAUUUUCGCGUCCUUGCCAACUCCGGAAACACCGAUGGGUGGACCAAGGCCUGCACGAUCUUGUGUCAGCCUGGAGAAUUCAUCUUGACCGAAGAUUGGACAUAUCCGGGAGCACUGCUGUCGGCCUGGCCUUCAGGGGUGCGGCCCUAUCCAGUACCCAUGGAUAACUUUGGUAUGAUCCCGCGCGAAUUAGAACAGAUCCUUGAGCAGUGGAACGAGGUCGAUCACGAAGGGAAGCGACGCCCACAUGUCAUGUAUACUAUUCCCGUCGGGCAGAAUCCUACUGGUGCUGUUAUGGAUACCAAGCGCAAGCAGGAGGUUUACGAUAUUUGCGUGAAAUAUGAUGUCAUUAUUGUAGAGGAUGACCCCUAUUACUUCCUCCAAUAUCCAGAAUAUAGACGAAAGAGCGAAAGGAGCCUUCGUAGUCACAUUCCUGGCAAAGUCAGCCCCGAAAUGUCCCGAAAAUUCCUGGAUACGCUGGCCCCGAGCUACUUGAAGAUUGAUUACCAAGGCCGUGUGAUUCGCCUUGACACAUUCUCCAAGACCAUUGGCCCUGGAUGCCGCCUCGGUUGGACAACUUGCAAUGCGUUGUUCGCCACGGUGAUGGGAGACUAUAGCGCAAGCAAGACUAACCAGUCGAGCGGUAUAUCACAGGCUAUGGUUAUGCAGCUAGUCUCGAAACAAUGGGGCCACGAUGGAUACAUCCGUUGGUUGAGAGGUAUCGGGGCGCAGUAUACUGAGAGACGUAACCUGAUGCUGGACUCCCUCUUUGAAUCAUCAUCAUCUUCGGGGCUUGAGCUCGUCCAAAAUCAUGGGGUGUCACAAGAGACCGUUGCAGUGUAUGACGCGUAUGCCAAACCAAAUGGAGUCCUGUACGAUAGCCUUGACGAGAAAUUUCCACCCAAAGGCAAAACGUUAUUCAGUUUUUCUCUUCCAAACGCUGGGAUGUUCCUCUGGAUUAAAUUUCAUAUAAAGAAUCAUCGUGACUGGGUACCACACCCUACCUCUGGCUCGAAAUUGGAAGUAAAGCUUUGGACAGACCUUGCUGAGGCUGGAGUUAUGUUUGCCCCCGGAUACAUGUUCUCGACGGAUGAAGAUGAUUCACCCUCCCAUGAGGGUUUUGUUGAAUCUGACCUCCAGCCUGAAUAUGCACAUAUGCGUGUGUCCUUCUCGAGCUCUACGAAAGAAGAGAUUGCCAAAGCCAUGAAAACGUUUGUGGAGGUGACGCUAAAGUUCUUCCGAUAA